AUGGGCGAUGAGCCGGCAGCACCCAACUUGAUGGAUGAGGAGUACUACAUGUUUCGCAACAAAGGAUCCGAUAAUGACAUAUUGGAUGAUGACGAGGAAGCAAGCAUGUCUAGCGCUAAUCCUAGCGAGAUUGAUCCAUUUGACAGUGUCUACUCAAACAUCCCAGACAUCACUCACAUCCUGAAACUCGCUGAAAAUUGCAAACACUGCAAGGCCAGGAAGUUUGAGUCUGAGACUGGCGGGUUCUGCUGUUGCAAUGGCCAGAUUCAGCUUAAGCAUCCGGAACCAAUCCCAGAGCUUAUGAGGCUAUGGUCCAGCAUGGAUGCAGAUUCUAGACAUUUUCGAGAGAACAUACGGUUCUCCAACGGGCAUUUCGCCUUCACAACCCUUGGCGUCAGCCUUGAUGAAAACUACACAAACAUGAAGUCUGGGGUGUACACAUUCCGAGCACACGGCACCAUCUACCACAACGUGCAUUCGUUCGGGCCAAGCUCCCGUCCAGAACAUCUGCAGUUGUACUUCUAUGAUGACGACCCAAACAUAACUCAUCGUAAGGCGGCCACCAAGCAAUUAGACCAGGAUGUCGUGAAGAGUUUGGUAGACAUACUCAAAGAAAACCCAUACUCCCAGCAAUUUAGGAGUUUGGGUGCACACAAGGACAACCUCGAUGAUUAUAGGAUAGACCUAAACACCGAUAAGAGGCUUGACCAAAGAAGAUAUAAUAGACCGGUGUCAUCUGAGAUCGCUGCAAUUUGGGUUGAGGGCAAUGACCUAGCCAAAAGGGGGGAGCUAGGUUGGCAUCCGAAGCUACCUAAACGUAAUGUUUCUUGGGAGCUUGUACAACAUCCAAGACUGGGCCAUGAUGAUGAUGAGGAUGCAGAGGGGAAUAGCAGGUUAUGCGUCUCCGUGAGAGACUAUUACUGUUACAUGCUGCAAACACGGCCUGGGAUCUUCAAUCCCAUACUCUGUGGAGCACGCCUACUGCAGCAAUGGGCGGUUGACAUGUACAUCAAGAUUGAGAGUUGUCGGUUGAGGUGGUACAGGAAGAACCAGACGCAGAUCUGUGCCGACUUGUAUAAAGGAGUUGUUGAUGCGAUCACAUCGGGGGAGACGCGAGCAAGCGCUGUUGGGGUAAGAAUAGUGCUCCCUGAAACUUACCCUGGUGGUGACCGCGACAUGAAGAAGAGACAUAUGGAUGCCAUGCCAAUUGUCCAUACAUACGGGAAGCCUGACAUCUUCUUGACCAUGACUUGCAACCCUAAAUGGGAAGAGAUAACGAAUGAGUUGCUUCCUGGUCAGACGGCGCAAGAUUGUCCUGAUAUUGUGGCCCGCGUGUUCUACGGCAAGCUAGAGGCUAUGAAAGACCUGUUGCUCAAGAAAAUGGUCCUGGGUGUUGUUGUUGCUUAUGUGUACGUAGUCGAGUUCCAAAAGAGGGGCCUCCCACACGCACAUUUGUUGUUGAUCAUGGAUUCAACAUACAAGCUUCUCGUCCCGGAGCAGUAUGACCGACUCAUUUCCGCAGAGCUCCCAGACAAGCAAAAGUAUCCGGAAUUGUAUGCACUCCAUGACAGUGUAGUGAUUGACCCAGUCAGAUGCCACAGAAGUAGCUCAUAA